UACAGAAGCAACAACUUCCUUAUGUAUGACUAUGGAUCCUCCAAAAAUAAGGACCUCUACGGACAGAAGAAGCCCCCAGCUUACCCUGUGGAUCGUAUCACAGUUCCUGUUGCGCUCUUCUCGUCAGAAGGGGACACGCUCGGCAACCCAGAUGACGUCGCUUCCCUUGCUGAGAGUUUGGGUUCAGCGUUACUCUUCAGUAAAGUCGUGCCACCGAAGUUCUUCCGCCACCUCGACUUUGCGUUUGGUUAUAAAGCGACCGACUUCCUUCAUGGGCCAAUGAUCGACACACUGGACCAAAACGCCGGUACAAGUCUGUGAGAAAAUGCACUGGUGCCUUAGAAAAUAAUUUCGCAGGGUGCCCA